UAGCCCCGCCCUCGGACCACGUGACCCGAGCUGUCUCGCUGGGUUUGGGGGUCUGCGGCCAGGAGGGCGUUUGCGCAGGUGAGCUGGACGCGCUGGUGACGGCUGUAUCAUGCCCGAGGACCUCCAGAGGAGCGGCCUCCUUCAGGGCGGCGAGGCCGACUAUCAAGCCUCCAGGACUGUGUAUGCUGCUCUGGGCCAACAGGCUUUCACCAUGAAGACGAAGAAGCCUCUCUGCGCCCACUCUCUGGUUGGGGUCUGCAUCCUCAUCUGCUUUAUAACCGCUAUCAUUCUGGGUCAUGUCAUGCUCCAUGACUUAAUGAUGCUUCCCCAAGACUUUCCUGCGUCCUCUUCAGGACUGGAAGAUACUUUUAGGCCUCAACAUUGGAAGGGUUACGGGCCACGGCCCCAGCACACCCAGGAGCACCCUGUGCAGCCUGCAGCAGUGCCCACGAAGUGUGAUGUGCCCCCCAACAGCCGCUUUGACUGUGCUCCAGACAAGGGCAUCUCCCGGGAGGAGUGUGAGGCCCGUGGCUGCUGCUAUGUCCCAGCCGGGCAAAUGCUAAAGGCGCCGCUGAUGGGGCAGCCCUGGUGUUUCUUCCCUCCCAGUUACCCAAGCUACAGGCUAGAGAAUUUGAACUCCACAGAGACGGGGUACACAGCCACCCUGACCCGUACCAGCCCGACCUUCUUCCCAAAGGAUGUGCUGAGCUUACAGCUGGAUGUGCUGAUGGAGACCGAGAGCCGCCUCCACUUCAUGAUCAAAGACCCUGCUAAUAAGCGCUACGAAGUGCCCAUGGAGACCCCGCGUGUCCUGAGCCAGGCAUCGUCCCCCCUCUAUACUGUGGAGUUCUCAGAGGAGCCCUUCGGAGUGAUUGUCCGCAGGAAGCUAAAUGGCCGGGUGCUGCUGAACACUACCGUGGCCCCCCUGUUCUUCGCUGACCAGUUCCUGCAGCUGUCCACGUCAUUGCCCUCCCAGCACAUCACAGGCCUCGCUGAGCACCUCAGCCCGCUCAUGCUCAGCACCGAAUGGACGCGGGUCACCCUCUGGAACCGGGACCUGGCACCCUUGCCAGGUGCCAACCUCUACGGGUCACACCCAUUCUACCUGGCGCUGGAGGACGGUGGCUUGGCUCAUGGUGUCUUCCUGCUGAACAGCAAUGCCAUGGAUGUGGUCCUGCAGCCCAGCCCGGCCCUAACCUGGAGGUCAACAGGUGGGAUCUUGGAUGUGUACGUGUUCCUGGGCCCAGAGCCCAAGAGCGUUGUGCGGCAGUACCAGGAUGUUGUGGCAGGUUACCCCUUCAUGCCGCCGUACUGGGGCCUGGGUUUCCACCUCUGCCGCUGGGGCUACUCCUCCACUGCCAUCAUCCGCGAGGUGGUGGAGAACAUGACCAGAGCACACUUCCCCCUGGAUGUGCAGUGGAACGACCUGGACUACAUGGACGCCCGCAGGGACUUCACCUUCAACCAGGAUGGCUUUGCAGACUUCCCAGACAUGGUGCGCGAGCUCCACGAGGGUGGCCGGCGGUACAUGAUGAUCGUGGACCCUGCCAUCAGCAGUUCAGGCCCUCCUGGGAGUUACCGGCCCUAUGACGAGGGUCUUCGGAGGGGCGUGUUCAUCACCAAUGAGACUGGGCAGCCACUGAUUGGGAAGGUAUGGCCUGGAUCCACAGCCUUCCCCGAUUUCACCAACCCUGAGACCCUUGACUGGUGGCAGGACAUGGUCUCUGAGUUCCAUGCCCAGGUGCCCUUUGAUGGAAUGUGGAUUGACAUGAAUGAACCAUCCAACUUCAUUAGAGGCUCUCAGCAAGGCUGCCCUGACAAUGAACUGGAGAACCCACCCUAUGUGCCCGGGGUGGUUGGUGGGACCUUGCAGGCAGCUACGAUCUGUGCCUCGAGCCGCCAGUUCCUCUCCACACACUACAACCUCCACAACCUGUACGGCUUGACUGAAGCCAUCGCCUCCAACAGGGCCCUAGUGAAGACCCGGGGGACCCGACCCUUUGUGAUCUCCCGCUCAACCUUCGCUGGCCAUGGCCGAUAUGCUGGCCACUGGACGGGGGAUGUGUGGAGCACCUGGGAGCAUCUUUCCAACUCUGUGCCAGAAAUCCUGCAGUUUAACCUGCUAGGCGUGCCCCUGGUGGGGGCGGACAUCUGCGGCUUCCUGGGGAACACAUCAGAGGAGCUGUGUGUGCGCUGGACCCAGUUGGGGGCCUUCUACCCCUUCAUGCGGAACCACAACGACCUCAAUAGCAUGCCUCAGGAGCCAUACAGGUUCAGCGAGACCGCACAGCAGGCUAUGAGGAAGGCCUUUACCUUGCGCUAUGCGCUUUUGCCCUUCCUGUACACUCUGUUCCAUGGAGCCCACGUCAGAGGGGACACAGUGGCCCGGCCUCUCUUCCUGGAGUUCCCUGAGGAUCCCAGCACCUGGUCUGUGGACCGCCAGCUCUUGUGGGGGUCAGCUCUGCUCAUCACACCUGUGCUGGAGCCUGGGAAAACUGAAGUGACUGGCUACUUCCCUGAGGGCGUGUGGUACAACCUGCAGAUGGUGCCGGUGGAGGUUCUCGGCAGCCUCCCAUCUCCUCCACCAUCUCCUCCAUCAUCCCCCAGAUCUGCUGUCCACAGCAAGGGGCAGUGGUUGAAGCUCGAAGCCCCACUGGAUACCAUCAAUGUGCACCUGAGGGCAGGAUACAUCCUACCGCUGCAGGGUCCCAGCCUCACAACCACGGAAUCCCGAAAGCAGCCCAUGGCCCUGGUCGUGGCUUUAACAGCAAGCGGCGAGGCCCGUGGGGAGCUGUACUGGGACGAUGGGGAGAGCCUUGGGGUUCUGGAGCAGGGGGCCUACGCACUGAUCACCUUCUUGGCCAAGAAUAAUACCAUUGUGAAUGAGUUAGUGCACAUGACCAAGGAGGGGACUGACCUACAGCUGAAGGAGGUGGCCGUCUUGGGAGUGACCACAGCCCCUACACAAGUCCUUUCCAAUGGGGUCCCUGUCUCUAAUUUCACCUACAGCCCUGACAGCAAGACCCUGGCUAUCCCCGUCUCGCUGCUCAUGGGAGAACAGUUUCAGAUUAAUUGGUCCUAGGAGACCACACCUGUGUUUACUGAGGACCUGAGUCCUGUGUGUUUUUUCCUGCCGUGUUGCUGCUGCUGCCCGUGAGGUACCAUGUUAGGAAAGGACUGAGGCUUGCUAACCUGUCUGUCCCAGCUGUCCAUCCCUGGCACUAGAUAAUGUGAAGUACAUUUUACCUACGCCAACAUCAGGCCAUGCGGCCACUGCAACUGGGACCCUACCGAGAGACAGAGUUGGUGAUGUCAUCGGGCUCACAGAGCUUGAGAAACUUACUGUGAAGUGCACUUAUUUAAAUAAAAAGGGACAUUUGGAACCAGCCCUCACAUCACCUCAUGUCUUCAUGUGACCCUCAUGUCUCCACAUCCCCAGCCACGCUCCAUCCCAUUACCUCAGGUUUGCCUUCUCCCAUCCUAGCACUCCUGCCUGAGUUAGCAAGGCUGGCUGGUCAGCAAGGUGGCGGUGGAGACGGGGGGCCUAAGAUCUUGGCCCAGGCUCCCUAACAAGCCUGGAGCUAAGUAAAGGUUUGUCUGUUAUGAACUCAUAUGUGACACUUGUGCCAAAUUUGUCACCAGGGUUGAUGGGCUAAGGGGUCAGCAGCCCAGCCUACUUUUAUCUCCAGAAAUACAAGAACCAAAAGUGUGGGGACUCUGGAGUCCCUUCUAGCUGGGUCACUGCCAGCUGGGAGCCUCUAGGCACUUGGCUCCCAGCAGGGAAUGGGAGAGAAGGGCAGUAAUUGCCACAGAUUCUGCCCCAUCUCUCCUCUCUGCCUUUGGGUUCUAGAAAGCAGAGGCACCUGAUGGACUCCGGUGGCGGUGAGCCUCUCUGCCUAUGAUUGGAAGGUGUUUUUUCUACCACAUGGAGGGGCUGACAGGCGAAGGCAGGGUCCCCAAGUGUAGAAAGCAGAAGGGGAGUAGCAAAGGGAACCAGUGCCUCCCACCAGACAGCUCCUGCAACCCAAAUGCACAGGCAUGUUGCCCCUGGAUUCCUGCCAGCCCUCACCCAAGUGGCUGUCGGCCCCUCUUAAGCACACCUUGGCUACUUAGCCUGUCCCGAGUCCUGGAUGAGGAGCUUUUCUUGGAGGGACAGGGUAGAAGUGACGAGUGGGGCUGGUCCCAUUGGCUGAGACCUGAGGUCUGCUCAGUGGCCCACACUGUAUAUUCACAGCGAGACAUGGGCAGUGCUUGGCUAAGGUAGCUUCAGCAAUCCGUCUAAGCCAGGGGCCUCUGCACGGCCUCCUUUCCCCUCCCAGCUGCUGUAUGAGUUAAUGUCAGUGGCCCCUUUCCUUGGCUGCAGAGGGGCAGCUUGAGAUGAGCGAUAAACCUUAACCUGUCAGAGAAGCGGUCAGAAGGUGAGUUCGUCUGUCAUUCAGCAUCCGACCCAUCCAUGUGGUGUGGACUGUCCUUGACUGUUGUGUGGUUUCCUAUCGUCCCAUUCCAACAUUACUUCCUAGAGGGAAGUUCAUUAAGGUUCCAGAAAUUCCUGAAACACAAGGUUCACAGGGCCUCCCCAAAAGCUGUGUAGCAGAUAGGAAACCGUCCAAGCUGCUGAGUUGGCUUCCAGUCUGUAGUCCAGGGAUAUUGCUCUCUGCAUGCUGGGUGGCUUCUAUGUAAUGCCGCUGCCUUCAAGUCUUCUGUCGGUAACCCCAAUAAACUUGCUGCUGCGCUGAGCUAGA